AUGGAAAUUGCCGCCGCUACGGCCGCGCCGCCGGACAGGCUGGAGGCCGUUAUUAGAGGCUCUCAUCCUCUGAAGGCGGCAAAGGAGUCACUUGAAGAAGCAAUAGCGCCGGCGUCCAGCAGUCAGAAAAACGCGGAGAACCCGUUGCCUUUGUCUCAAAAUGCAGCACUCGAUAAACUUUCUCGAGAUAAUUUCAACGGGACCCUGCUGCAUCGAAGCCGCAGUCACGGGACAGGCGGAAAUGACGGGGAAAGUCGGCAUCAUCCGAUUCGUCAGCCAACGCUGACUAUGAGCUCUCUGCCCCAACGUGUUUUGGAAUGCAAGUAUGCAGUGCGAGGCCUGACUGUACGGCGUGCUCUAGAGCUGCAAGAGCAACUAAGAAAGUCCCCGAAUUGUCUUAACUUCAACAAAUUGAUCUACCUCAAUACAGGGGAUCCGCAGGCUCUGGGACAGCGUCCCCUCUCGUUCUAUAGGCAGGUCAUGGCGUGCGUUAUAUAUCCGCCUCUGGUGGGUGUUUCUCUCGGAUACAAUCGCCUGGCUAUCAGUGAUGAGGAGCCUGAAAAAGGACAGAAUGCUGCGUCUGAAGAAAGCGUGCGUAGUACAGGGGAGAAAUCACACUUCCCUUCUGACGUUGUGGCGAGGAGUCGGCGCUAUUUACACGCCAUGGUGUCAGCAGGCGCAUACACGCAUUCCCAAGGCCUUCCGUUGUUUCGCCAAGACAUUGCCGCGUGGCUGGAGCGCAGGGAUGGUAUUCCGACCGACCCAGAUAACAUAUUUUUAACAGAUGGAGCCUCGUCUGGCAUUCGCCUUGCAAUGGAGCUUCUUCUUUGCGACCAAAAUGACGGCCUUCUGAUACCAGUACCCCAAUACCCUCUCUACGCUGGCCUCAUCGUUCGCCUGGGUGGCUGUGCUGUCCCGUACUACCUAGAAGAGGAGACAGGGUGGUCUUUCUCACUAUCUGCAGUCCAAGAAGCCGUGGAGGAUGCAAAAAGAAAAGGAAUUCGCGUCAGGGGUAUCAUCGUCAUCAAUCCAGGCAACCCCACUGGCACAGUCCUGACUCAACAAGAGAUCCGCGAGAUUAUCAGUUUCUGCGACACAGAACGCCUGGUCCUGUUGGCGGAUGAGGUGUAUCAAGAUAACGUUUAUGGCAGUGUGCCGUUCGUUUCUGCCAGAAAGGUGUUACAUCAGAUGGGCGCGAGCGUAACACUCUUUAGCUUCCACAGCAGCAGCAAAGGUCUAGUUGGAGAGUGUGGACUUCGAGGAGGCUUAAUGCACGUGGACACAGUCAACGAGGAUGUCCGUCUGCAGAUGUAUAAGCUAGUCAGUAUGUUCAUGUGUGGUAAUACUCUCGGUCAGUUGGCUAUUACUUGCGUUUGCUCGCCUCCGAAGCCCGGAGACGUCUCUUACGAACGUUUUCAACAGGAGAGACAGGCCAUCUACGACUCAAUGAAAUCCAAGGCUCAUUUGGUGUAUGAGCAGUUGAACAAAAUUGAAGGCGUCACGUGUCAACCAAUCGUGGGAUCUGUAUUCUGUUUCCCGCGAAUCCGCAUUCCGCCAGGCGCUCUGAGGGAAGCUGACAAAAGGGGAAUGGAGGCAGAUCUCCUGUUUUGUCUGGAGCUUUUGGAGGCAACGGGCAUCGUAACCGUGCCGGGUAGUGGAUUUGGGCAGAAACCGGGCACGUACCACGUCCGAAUUUGUAUUCUACCGCCGAAGCAUGUGCUUGUCGAAAUCUUGGCGAAGGUCAAAUAUUUUUACGCGGUGUUCGUAAAGAAGUAUUCUGAUUAA